CCCAACCUAUCACUUAAUCAAUGAAGCAUCAGCACCUGUGCAACCAUUAUCAUCCACACCACAACAAAAAGAAACGCUAUUGACCACCAUGAGUCAACAAACCCAACUGCAACAACAAGCACAUCCACAUACGCUUCCAAAUCAGCAUUCGCAAUCACAACAAUCGCAUCGCUAUUCGAUGCGACCUCGCCAAAAAUAUCCUCAUUUCCAGUCGCCUAGACCGGAGAAUUUUUUCGUCGGUACUGAACCGACGCAGGAAUUGGUGCAACAGCCACCGCUACAGCAACAGCAGCAGCAGGAACAACUGCAGCCGGACGGCUCCUACGCAUAUUUCAAUGAUGAAACAUUGACGCCACAGGAAAAAUACGUGCGAUAUUUACAGCAGCGCAUACGUUACAAUAAGCAACAACAGAAGCAACGCGACCGCAUUAAGGGGCGUGAAAAUUUUAUUAAACAACAACAGUCGAACCAACAACAUCAACAAUCGGAAGAGCAACAUUUACAGCAGCCGCCAACGCAAAUUUUUGUAUUAACACCACCGCCACCACCGUCACCAUUUGCUCACCACUCCAAUCAGAAACAAUUAGAUGCGAACGCACAAGUUAACUAUCCACAACACAGUCCUAUAAGGCAUGCAGUGUAUCCACAUCCAGAAUUGCAUGUGCCGUCGAAUCAUCAACCGCCAACGAAUGUGGCUACGCUAAAGCAAGUUGUGAAAAUACCGGUGCGUACGUUGGUGAGCGAAGCUUUGGACGCAUUCCAGCAGCAUCAGCAGGAGCAACAACAUUUGGUGGCAAAGGGUGGUGCAAAUGGCGGUGUCUACAGGCAACAACCGCAAUAUGCAAACAGUUUGGGGCCGCCAACAACUCAAUACAUCGACUAUAUCGUCGACGAUCCCAAGCAAUCACUAGAGGACGAGCAACAACACAGCCCAGCAGCAGCAGUUGCGCCACAAAAACCAACAGCACAACAAAAUGCUUUCAUUGUCAUUUCAACAUCAUCACCACCACAGAUUACACCCGGCGGCAUUGGCCAAGAAUUUUAUGACUCCACUAGCAGGCCUGUCUACAAGCAACAGCCGACACUACGAUUGCAACCAUUGCCGCAGGCAGGCAAAUCGAACAGCUACGCUACAAGACGUCCAAUCGUGGCCGCAGAACCGCCACCACCACAACCACCGCUACACAUUCCCCAAUCGAGUGUGACGCCUGCAGCAGUCAAACCAAAAUACAUCUAUGCUGAGAGCAAUUUUGGUGAUGUUAUUAAAUCAACAACACCAGCAAUAAAGUUGAGGCCUUCACAAAAGUAUUCGGGUGGUAUUGGAAGUAGAUUGACACCACCAGCGCCACCGCCGCGACAAUUGGCGCCUUCACCGCCACAUCAAGGGAAGCAACAAGUAAAUUUACCCGAGUAUUAUAAUCCACCUGUGCCAGUUGCAGCGCAAACAACACCCGUUGCCGAUCCCAAUCAAUUGCCAGACAUACGCUCAUCUUCACUGGCGGAUAUAUUGCAUAAGCUGCAGGCAAGCAAUCACUUGCCAAGAACACUGACGCCAGAAAACAUUGAUAAUUCGAUUAAGACUCUGGUCAUGAUACUAGAAAAUCUAAAGCAAACGCAAACAAUUGUGCCAAAUCCAGCACAACACCAUGAAAGACCUGCUGCCUCGCAGGACUAUGACUAUAGCACGGAUAGCGAAGAGGUGAAUGGUGGCGCGCCUGACCUUUCCAGCGUGCUGUCACCGGUUUUACCAAACAAGCAUCCCGGACCGAGCACAGGACGUGCUGGCAUCGAUUAUCCCAACUUAGCUGACAUACCCCAAACCAAUUUCAAUUGCGCAGAACAGCGGUAUAAAGGUUUCUUCGGUGACCCUGAAACGAAUUGCCAAGUGUGGCACUACUGCGAUUUAAAUGGCGGCAAAGCAUCAUUCCUCUGUCCUAAUGGCACCAUUUUCAGUCAGAUCGCCCUUACAUGUGACUGGUGGUUCAAUGUGAAAUGCUCCACAACCGCACAACUGUACGUACUGAACGAACGACUGUACAAAUACAUUUUGCCAUUCACUCCGAAAUUCCCAGAAGACUAUAGUGGGCCACUUGUUGAUAAGUAUUUAGCAAUGAAAUUCCAGGAAAUGGAGGAAAAAAUGCGAAUUGAAAAGGAGAAAGUGGAAAAGUCAGCAAUCGCUGCAGCAAUUGCAGCCACAUCAGCGACACAAACGAACAAUCAUAUCGAAAGCGAAGAAGUCAAUGGUGUGCGCGACGCGGAGAAUGUGAAUAAUGCUGCCGACGACGACGUCGAAGACACAGAAGUGACCACAGUGGCGGACUUAAGCAAUUUACCGAGAACAUUGAGUGCGCCUAAUAGGCACGGUGUUAUCAAUGCGCACGUUAGUGAGCAAAGCUCUGAGCGUAAUUUGCUAAUCGACGAUGAGGUCGAUGAUAUAUCGCAACGUGGCAGCAUUGAUACGUUCGAAAGCUCCACCAUACCCACAGCAUCGGCUCCUACAGUAGCCAAGGAUGAUGGCAUGCUUGCGCUUAGCCAACAACCCAUUGUGGUCUCAUCCACACAAGGACCCGACUAUGACGAUGUGAGUGCAGAUGAGCGGCGUAUACCAGCGCAUAAUGUACGAAAUGUUGAAGAAGCAACUAGUAGAACGUUGACGACAGAGACUGUACAGCGGCCACCAGAGGAGACGACGACAACGCAAUCACAAACGAAGCUGCGGCAAAAUGAAAAUCAAGAACAAAUACAAGCAUCGCCCAAGCCAGUGCGUCAAACGACAAAUAUCGAUGUGGAAAAAGUGGAAGUAAUCGAAAUUAAAGCGGAAGGGGCAGCUGGGCAGAUGGGACCGAAAAUGUACUAUGGCGCUGAGAGUGCAAAGGAUGUGCGAUAGAUGUUAAGUAGGAGUUGAUGGUUGAGGUGAAGGUGAAGGUUAGGAAAACUGGGGGCAAAUGUGUUUUUGUAAAUGUAAUUUAUUUGCACCGAAGUGCAGUUAUCAAGCUGAUUGCUACAUAAAUACGUAUGUAUGUAUAAUUGUAUUUAGUUUUAUAUGUUUAGUGAAUUUAAAGUAAAGUACGAAGGAAAGCCAUUGGGAAUGCAAUUUUAGAGAUAAUCAGAAUGACAUUUUUGAUUGCUAUUUCAAUAUUUUUUCAUAUUAAAUUUUUAAUAUUUGUACAAUAACAAGUAAAAAGGAUUUCUAGAACUAAGUUUUUUUUAGAAAAUUGGUUACGAACCUGUUAAAUAAUGAUUAAUAAUCAUGAUUGUUAAUCAAAGCAUGUUGUGUUUGGGUAACCGUUUAUUGAUUAAAUACCGUUAUUUGCACCUUUUUAAUUACUUUCAUAAAAGAAAAUUAAACAAUUAAUUUUAAUUACAUGAUUAAUAUGAUUAUUUGUGUCCUCUACAAAAUUCUUUCUGAAAGUAUUAAUAAAUGGCAAAGACAGUUGACAAUGUUUGUAAAAAAUCAUUCCUUACUUGUAAACUACAGUACAAGUAUUUAAUCGUACAGUGAAUUUGGUUUCAGUUAUUUAAUACUAACUUGUUAAAAUUUUGCCUGCCA